AAUUAUCCAGCAGCUGGUCAAUGGAAUUAUUGCACCCACCACAAUACCAAACCUAGGACUGGGUCCCUGGGGAGUCUUGCAUUCAAACCCCAUGGACUACGCGUGGGGUGCAAUUAUUACACAGUUACUAAAUCAGUUUGAAAACACUGGACCACCACCAGCAGACAAAGAAAAGAUCCAGGCCCUCCCCACUGUACAGAUUGCACAGGAACACGUAGAUUCCGGGUUAGAGUGCCCCGUGUGUAAAGAGGACUACACGGUGGGUGAGAACGUCCGGCAGCUGCCCUGCAAUCACCUCUUCCACAACAGCUGCAUCGUGCCCUGGCUGGAGCAGCAUGACACGUGUCCUGUGUGCCGGAAAAGCUUAAGCGGACAGAACACUGCCACAAACCCCCCAGGACUGACGGGGAUGAACUUCUCAUCCUCCUCCUCCUCCUCUUCCUCCAGCUCACCAAGUAACGAGAACUCGUCGAACAACUCCUGAAUCUUAAUUGACCCCCCUGUCCCUGGGGCCCUCCCCAUUGUCCCCCCUCCCUCCCCAGCCAGCGUAAGCAAGGACAGGGGCUUCCAGAGCAGAGCCAGGGAGGGGAGCAGGGGGGAGGCAGGGCCCCCAGAAUUCCCUUUUGCGUUCUGAAGACACGGAGACUCUGGGUCCUUCAGAGAGAAGCCUGCAGUCCUGUGGUGGGGGGAAGAGCUCUGUCCGUUA